UUUAUUUAGGCAUCGCUAGGAGAAACAUACUUACGUAAAGUGAAACUGUGGCUCAACUGAAAUCUAAACAUUAUAAUUCGGAAAUAAUGGCUAAUUUCACAGAUGCACGAACGAUGAAAUGGCUAUUGUUAUCUUCGCCGAUUCCAAUUAUUUUUAUAUCGCUGGCUUAUUUAUACGUCGUCUACUUUACUGGACCGCAAUUUAUGAAAGACAGAAAACCGUAUUCGUUGAAAAGGUUUAUACAAUGUUAUAAUCUUUUUCAAAUUGUUGCAAAUUUUUGGAUAGUGUUUAACAUCAUGACAGAUGGUAGACCGUUCACUGCCGUGUGGAGAUAUUGCGAGUCACUCGAUCAAAUUUGCGGUCGUAACAGUGAAAAGCAACUUGAAAUUAUAUGGUGGACACUGUUGCUUAAAAUAAUUGAUCUCAUUGAAACCAUAAUAUUUGUAUUGAGGAAAAAAGAUCGUCAGGUCUCAUUUUUACACACGUACCAUCAUAUUUCCACGGUUGUCUAUCUUUGGGCGACGCUCAGACACUCUGCGCACAGUUUCCUCAUGACUAUAAUAGCGCUUAAUUCUUCUGUACACGUGAUAAUGUAUUCCUAUUAUUGUCUGAGCACUUUUGGCUCGAAUAUGCAACGAAGACUUUUACCGUUCAAGAAGUGGAUUACUCUUAUACAAAUGGCACAUAUAGCAUUCAUAACGGUGGGCAGUUCGCAAGGUUUCAUACUUAGCUGUGGUAAUACGAGUGUGAAAUAUUUUUCUGUCGCGACAUUUCUUAAUGGCAUUGUAAACUUGUCAUUGUUUUUCAAUUUUUAUAAUUCUUAUAAGAAAUCGAAAGCCUGAUUGUGUGAAGUACAAUUUUGUUGAAUGAGGAAUGAGCAUUA